CACCAAUCACCCGUCAUCCCGACCAGAAGACGUAGCCCAAACCAGCAAGACUCGGAUGGCUCUCCUUCCCGCAAUUGAGCUUCGCAAGUUCGAUUUGCCGGCUGCAGUGUUUCCCGGCCAAAGAAAUAGGAUGCGUCCCGGACCCAGCAUCAGCAGGCCGAGUGUUUACCCACAGACCCCUGUAAUAUUACGGAUUACAGCACGCCGUGGCAGGCCGUCCUUGCAAGUGUUAAACAACGUGACAGGACGAGUAACAUUUCCGCGUCCGCUUCGGGCCUGCGACAUCCACAUCCCAGCCCCAUCAACCGGCACUCCGAGUGUUACGUUUAAAAGCCGAUCGGCAAUCCCCCAUCCCGCGCCCUGGGGUUUCGGCCCUCCCCCUUCCCUCAUGUCCUCUGGCCUGGCCCUCGGCAGGAGCUUUGGUAACCGGCUGCCCGCUGCUCUGCGCCCAAUCCGUCCGUUGUGCAGAUUUCCCGGCGUCAGGAUGGCGUCGACGCUGCCGAGGCUGCCCGUUUUCGAAGCGAUCGCCGGCCAUGACCCCGACGCGACUGUCGUUAUUCACUCGAACAGCGGGCGCCGGUUCCGGUACGGGGGGUUGCUCCGGGACGUGUGCAAGGUCCGGAACCGCCUGUACGAGGCUGCGGGGAGGGAGGACAUCGACGGCGAGCGCAUUGCCUUUCUCGUCGAGAACAGCUACGACUAUGUGGUGACUCUCCUUGCUAUACUUGCCGCGAAGUCUAUUGCGGUUCCUUUGUCUCCUGCAUUUCCUGCGCCUGAGUUGCAGUACAUCCUCAACCACAGCGAGGCUUUGAUGUUGCUAUCUUCAUCUAAAUUCGCCUCAAAAGCCGAGGAAGUGUUAAAGACGGAGCUCGAUGCUCCGCCCUCCUAUCUUCAGCUGACCAAAUUCCACGGCGAUGACGGUGGCACCGAUGAGAAGGUGACUCUGGAGAAGUCUGGCCCAGGUUCGGCCGGUAUGAUGCUCUACACAUCCGGCACGACCAAUAGACCAAAAGGCGUCUUGCUACCCCAGUCGGUCAUGACGGCGCAAGCACGUUCUCUGCUCCAAGCGUGGGAAUACGCACCCUCGGACCAUCUCCUGCAUGUCCUCCCGCUUCACCACAUCCAUGGAACCAUCAAUGCCAUCUUCACGCCUCUAUUUUCCGGCAGCUGUAUCGAGUUCCUCUUCCCGUUCAACGCUGACGCCGUCUGGCGGCGUUUUGCCGCCCCUUUCCUCAAUCCGGACCAGACAUACAAUCCCGAAACCACCCCGUACAACCACCGGAAAAUCACCUUCUUCACCGCCGUCCCCACAAUCUACUCUCGUCUGCUCGCCACCCACAAGACCCUCCCUCCUGACGUCCAGAGCGCCGCCCGCACCGCCAUCUCGCCCUGCAACCUCCGGCUCGCCAUCUCGGGCUCCGCCGCCCUGCCCACUCCCAUCAAGCGCGCCUGGUGCGACCUGAGCGGCGGCAACGUGCUCCUCGAGCGCUUCGGCAUGACAGAAGUUGGCAUGGCGCUCAGCUGCGGCCUGGACGUGGCCGACCGGGUCGACGGGUCCGUCGGGUGGCCGCUCCCGGGCGUGGAGGCGCGCCUCGUCGACGUCGACACGCACCAGGUGAUCGAGCCUGGCCAGGAGCGGGACGCGCACGGCAGGGAGAGGGUCGGGGAGAUCCAGCUGCGGGGGCCGACCAUCUUCGCGGAGUACUGGCGCAACCCGGAGGCGACGGCCAAGGAGUUCGUGGAUGCCAAAGACGGCAAGGGCCGGUGGUUCAAAACCGGGGACGUGGCGGUGCGGAGAGCGGUCGACGGCGCCGGGAAGAGCAGCGCCCCAAGCCAGAAGGACUGGACCAGGGGGAUGAUGUACUUCAUACUCGGUCGACGCAGCGCAGACAUCAUUAAGAGCGGCGGGGAGAAGGUGUCCGCGCUGGAGGUCGAGCGGGAGAUGCUGGCGCUGCCGCAGGUGGCCGAGGUGGCGGUGCUGGCGGUGCCGAGCGGGAAGUGGGGGCAGAAGGUCGGCGCCGUGGUGAUCCUCGACCGCGAGAACGUGCCAGAGGGGAAGUGGUCGCCUCUAGAGAUGCGGCGGGCGUUGAAGGGGAGGUUAGCAAGCUACAAGAUCCCGCAGGUGCUCAAGGUGGUGGAGCACAUCCGCAGGAAUGCUAUGGGCAAAAUCAACAAGAAAAUGCUCGUCAAGGAGGUCUUCCAGGAUGAAUUCAGUGGAGAUGAGCUGUGAGAGAUGGGAUCCGGGCAGAGAAAGGCAUGCCUUACCUUUGGGGUGGGCAGGUACAUAAAAAGGAAACGAUUGCUGUUAGAUUAUCAGCAGGCGCGUAUAGAGUAACCACUGAGGGUCUUGAGGGUCAAUGGCGCUUUGCCCGUGAGGUAACUCUUAGACAUGCUUGGU